GUGAUGUUAAUCCAACAUCCUUCCCUCCACCCACCCUGCCCCCCUCCGACUUUUCACCACUCAAUUCCCCCAACACACAGACAUAGAUCUUCAGUACCUCAUACAGAGGGAGGUGGGGGGCGAGUUCUCAAAGUUACCAGGGAAUUAUGUGGCCAUAAAGAAAGCCAAUGCACGCACGCCCGUCUGCGAUUGGGAAGGAGCCCGAAACGGAGAAAUUUCUGCCGCCCUGGCGGUGUCACUUCCCCACACUUCAGCUGGCCGCCUGCCAAACAGACAGGACGCUCACAAGAGGUGGAGUGGACUCGCGAGGCGACGAGGAAGAGCGGUCACGAGCGAGCGAGUGGACGGACGGACAAAUGGACACAAACACAACAAAGUUGUUUUUCUGUGACAUGGAACGUCACUGACACACCAAACACAGAGAAAUGCUUAUGAAUUAUCAGGCCUUUGCAGAUGGAUCCAUAAGAUGUUCAUGAGACAAAAAUAGUGUGGACCACAUCUCAAGCGGGUUGAUUCUCCAGCUGUGUACACAUCAAUUUUGUCUUGGCUUCAAUCAGACGAGGAGCAUUGAGACUCUUUACCCCCUUCAUUCACACCCCUCUUAUCUCCCUCUCCCUCCCCCUCAAGCUGUGGCCCAUGUCUGCCAGCGGAGGGUCCAUGGAGGGAAGCCGAGCCAUAGAGGACGAGGCGCAGGACAGCAGCUGUGGGGACGAAGAGUCGUCUCCGGUGGUUGAACGAAGAAACCGCAGCGGUAUCAUCAGCGCUCCACUCAGUAAGAGUCUGAAACGAUCACGAGCUCUCUCUCAGUACAUCGCAACCUGUUCGGCUGCAGCCGUCGCUAGUGUUGCAAAUGCUAACAGACUUGCUCAGAGCUCCAUGGUGGCAUCGGGUGUCAAAGCUCACCCUACACCCGGACAGCACAGAGCACAGGUUGGGUAUGCCAAACUGGACCGGGGUGCUCUACUGUCUGGUCUACUGGACUCUCCCAGCGGCCUUCAUCUUGCCCAGGCCGCUGAGCUUCUGCGCCGUGCUGGCAUGCUACUUCCUGUAAGUGACCCGUCCAAUGGCAGUGUGGGCGGGGACAUGGAGACAGUGUCUGCUACUGAUUCGUUGGGCAGUGUGAUGGACUUCCCAUUGCUUGGCAACGGCGGACUAGGUGGCAGCUUUCCUUAUCACCCGGGGCUUUUCAUCAUGACGCCAGCGGGUGUGUUCCUUGCUGACGGAACGCUUUCUCAAGUGACGAGUGUGUCAGAACUCCAGCAGACACAGAACGAGAUUUCGUCAGCCAUCAGUGCCAACGGGAAAAAGAAACGGAAGCGCUGCGGAUUGUGUCCACCUUGCCGGCGCAGGAUUAACUGCGAACAGUGCAGCAGUUGCCGCAACCGGAAAACCGGCCAUCAGAUCUGCAAGUUCCGCAAGUGUGAAGAGCUUAAAAAGAAACCCGCAGAAGGUGAUGCUGCCGACUGGAGCUCCAUUCCGGUGGUUUCCGUAGGGCAGCUGGACCCUCCCCCUGCCAUCCAUCCCAUCGUGAAGGACUAACUGCCACACCCACACAGACUGCUGUGGACUCAUAAACACUGGGUGUAUACAAACAAAUAAAAGAGAAGCGGAAUGAAAGCACUAUAUGAGAAUGAACAUGUCUUGAACCAAAAAUAAACAGUGAAUGGCAGAAUGCCAUUCCAUUUUUUUGUUCUCUGUUCCAUUUCGGAAUGGUUUCUUUGGAAUCUUGCCCUUUAUUGAAUGCUCUGGAACUAUUUGCCGCCAAAUUGAAAAUGGACAAUCAUUUUUAUCUGUGUGUUUAGUGGUUUUGUUCGUCCAUGUGUGAAGAAAUGCUGUAAUUUCGUUUAGAGAAUGUAAUCCCAAGGCUCUGUUUUAAAGCUUGUGAUAAUUAAGGAGCACUAUUGUAAUUUAGCACAGUGGUUCUUAAUAACUGCCUCAAUGUUACGAUUGCCUUUUUAUGUUAAGGAUUUUUUUAUUUCUCAUACAGUUUUUGAAUUGCUCAAUAUUUGAUAUGGAGACAACCAUGAUUACAGGCACACACACACACACACACACACAUAAAAAAAAAAAAACACUCAAAUGUAGCAUCCCUCAUUCAAAAAUGCUUGAAAGGUCCUUCUGGGGUUGCUGUUUUGGUUGUUAGUUUUUAAAUGUACAACAAGGUGAACAUUUUAUUUCAUUCUCAUUUCUAUUUCAUUUUAUUUCAUUGGAAGGAGGAUGAAGCAUAUGGAACUGAAUAAGUAGGGUGUACUUGUGUACAGCUCUUUGUAGGACCUGCCCUUUUGUGUAGCCUUAUGGGAUGGGUCAAAAUGAACCACACAUUCCAUAGUAAACCCUGGAUGCCCACAUUUUAAGAAAGUAUUAAUGUGUUAUAAUACUAUGUCUAUGAUUAGGAUGUUUUAUUGCUGAAUUACCCCAAUGAAGGUUGAACCGGAGGCCUGAAAUUUUCCCAAAUUCCUUUAGGGCCCUUUCAAAUGAUUCGUGUCAACGUUCUGCAAUUCAUCAAACUCUGCAUGUAGUAAACCGUCAAGCAACAGUGUUACACACCGUGUUCUGUGCUGGUCAAACAUAACAAAAUGCUCCAAGUUGAAACAAUAUUUACUUUGACCUCAUUUGCCAAUACUUUUUUGCAGCACAGCCAAUGAUUAUUGGAUAAUUUUGAAAAAUGCAAUGAUAAGUACCGCCUUCUUGCUACUGAAAGCGGUCAGGCAAGACACAUAUCUGGUCAGGCGGGACACAUUGCUGUUUACACCUGGUUGUUAAUGCAUAUUCUGUGACCACUUGUCUUCGGAUUUGGAGGGGAUGAUCUCGGUUUCAUGAGACAUACAUCAAACACUAUGUCAGGGUGUUACUGCAUGACAUUAAAGAGAAACAAAGUCAGAAAAAAAAAUGCUGUUUUUCCCAGAUGUAGCUGAAAUUUAAUCUAAGCACAAAUGCAACAUUACAUGCAGAAUUUUCCAGUUAUUUUAGUGAUUUACCUGUAUUAAAGGAGCUUCAGAUGUGUGUGCUUGUCAUCUGUGUCCCCCCUACAUGUUGAUUUCAGACAUGCUAUAGAAGAUCCGUGAAGUUCUCGUGCUUGUGUAUGUAUUUGCUUUUUUCAAGUUUCAAAUUGGCAAUUUUUUUCCUUUUAAAGCUGCUCAGAACUGGCACAGUUUACACUCGUUUUAGCACAGUGGUUAAAUGACAGGUGAGGGGUGGUGCUAUCGCUGCUGUCUAGAAUGCAUAGAGGAUUGAUUAGCGGAUUUAUUUACACCUCAAAUGCGAUGUUGUCACAUGCGUUUUUGACUACCUCUGAAUGUGGUCUUUGUGAUCUAAUCACAAAACGUUUUAGACCCCGUUUAGACCUGUAUUUAGCACUGACCACAUGUGAUCGGAUUAGCCGAAACACAUCUUAUUACCAGGUGUAAACAGGGUUUACGUGGUACUGUUGCCUAAUUCACAGUGUGAUUGGUCUGGCUGAAACUUAACACAUUUUUUACUAAAAGUAGUCAUUUUCUAAAGAAUUUCCAAACAAAACUAUUUAUUAGCAAAAGCUGAAUAAAGUCAAAUAAAAAUGAAAUCAAAACUACUGCAACCCCACUACCAAGCAAAUUUGCAACGCUUUACAUGUGGAGGUCAGUGCGGUGCAUGACGCUUGUGUUGAAAGGCAGAUUGAAGCCUUGACAUGAGUCAAGUGAAAGGCCAUCCAUGUUAGCAAAGUAAAAGUUUUGUCAGCUGUAAUUGUCAUUUGGUGUUCUACUCUUGUUUUUUUUCUGCUGAACAGGUCUGCCCCAGCUCAAAUACUUUAUACUGAUUCCAAGACCUUGUGAAAUGCACAAGACAAACUCCAACAGCAGACCAAUGCCAUGCUAAAUGGGGGCCAUAUUUAUUGGUCUGCAUAAAUUAAUGCAUGUAUUUGUGUCCAAAGCCAACUGUUCUGAGGUCUUGGCAGUCCUCAGUUUAAUAAACAAAGGU